GUUGGCAGGCGCUGGGACCGAACGAUGGGAGCGCACCCCGCCGCGGGGAUUCGAACCGCCGACCAUAUGAUCAGCAAGUCCUAGGCGCUGAGGUUUUAUCCCCUUUCAAAUUUAUACAUUUCAUUAAUUUUACAAUUAUUUUAACAAUUGAAAGUUUGACUUCCUUCCCCUUCUUUCUGCAGUUCCUUAAAUUCAUUUUUUUAUAUCUUCUGCAUAUUCAAAUUCAUGUUUGCAUUACUUGUUAAUUUUAAUAAAGAACUUAGUGCAAAUCCAUAAGAGUCUAAAGCAAAAUCCACACAGCUACCUUCUGAAAUGCCAUUUGCUGUGGUGUUUGUAUUUUUGUUUGAAUAUCGACAGUAAGUAGUGUGUUUUUUCAUGUUUCCAAAUAAAAUGUUUCUUUAUUAGAUUUAUUUCCUACCCUUCCACCCAAAGGGAGCCCAGGGCAGCAACCAACAAGCAACAAAGCAAUAAAACAUAUUUAAAACAAUUUAAAACAAUACAGCUGCAAACAAAAUUGUGACUGACAUCAGAUAGAAAAGGGGUGAGCUGUGUCCAAUAUGAGUGCUGUAUAAAGUCCUUUAAUUCCAUAUGCUAUAUAUAUAUAUAUAUAUAUAUAUAUAUGCUAUAUUUUUAUGAGUGUGUUUCUAAUCGGAUUUUGUUUUAAUAAACUGGGCUUAUAUAAAUGUGUUAGUUGCAUUCUAAUUGAGAGGGUUGCAUCCAGCAAAGUUGUACUCAGAAAAGACUUGUUGAAAUGAAUGAACCAACAUUACUCGUGUCCAUUAAUUUAAGUGGGCCUGCUCUGAGGAUGGCUAGCAUUGGAUACAACACAAUAUAUUUUGAAAUUCCAUAUAUUGGUCAGCACUGCUGAUAUCAGCAAUCAUUUGUUUCUUUCAUUUACGAAUCGCUGCCCAGAAGGCCUCUCAAACGGAUUUACAAUAUAGCAAUGUGUCUAAAAUAGCUGCAUAUAUUAAAACAGGUUUUAAAAGUAGUUAUGAGUAUAAAAACAGUUUCUAAAAAACAGUGCAUACAUAAAGCAUGUUUGUUCAUAUGUUUUAUUAGUUAUGCAUCCUUCACUGUAACAUCCCAGGAUGGGUUGCAGCAUUAAAGCCGUGCAAAACUUUAUCCCAAGUGUGCUAAAGGUUUUAGAAGGCUUGUCGAAAGCGGAAUAUCCUUAGCAAGAAAGCUAAUGGAGAAGGCACCUAUCUGAUAUGCAGUGGGAGGGAGUUCCAAAGGCCAAAUUUCAACAUUGUUCAGAAUAGACUUCCUGAUAGGAUGGCAUCCACGAGAUGCCCUCUCUUGCAAAAAAACAAUGAUCAGUUGUGUAUUUAGAGAACGAGCCGUGUAGAUACAGUUAUUCUCUUUGGUCAUCUACGGUGAAUGGGAGCUGCUUCCAGGCAACUAUGCAGUGAAUUUUUUUUACAAAACCAGUUCUUCCCUCUUAGUUUAGGCCAGUGAUGCCUUGCAUAGAUAAUUGUGAGUGUGGAUUUGUUUGCAUUGCACUUGUGUUGGUAUAAGAGCUUGGACCAUCAAGGAUGACUGUUUAAAUGAAGGAAAUCCUGAAGCAUAUUCUGAUUAUCUGUGUACUGUAUUUAGAAGAAUAGAAAACAUAGCUGUUUUCAGCUAAAUUUCUGGCUGUACACAAAUCUCUAGCAAGACAACGCAACAAGAAACUUGCUAAAUAAAUGGUUACAUGAUUCCUGUUAGUAUGCACAAAAUUUUCAGGUUUUCUUUUAGUUGAAAGAACUGUCUUGAGUGGUUUCUAUGUUAGAUUGCAUAUGCUGUUCUUGCUGUACAGGAAUCCUUGGGCUGUAUGAAACAAAGGUUUUAUGGACGUUUAACAUGUAGAGUAUACGAGAAGCCUAAGAAUGCAAAUACCGUAUGUUUCGCUCUAUAAGACACACCAGACCAUAAGACGCACCUAGUUUUUGGAGGAGGAAAACAAGAAAAAAUAUUCUGAAUCUCACAAGCCAGAACAGCAAGAGGGAUCACUGCGCAGUGAAAGCAGCAAUCCCUCUUGCUGUUCUGGCUUCUGGGAUAGCUGUGCAGCCUGCAUUCGCUCCAUAAGACGCACACACAUUUUCCCUUACUUUUUAGGAGGGAAAAAGUGAGUCAUAGAGCAAAAAAUACGGUACGUAAGAAAUAUGCAGUCACGCUUGCCUUGUUUGUUUUUUAAUCAUUCGUUCUCACAAAAGCAAUUAAUAUUUUUUGCAUUUUUACAUAGCAAAAUGAGUAGUAUAUGAUUGGUGGCAUUUAUAGGAGGAUUCACAAUGUACUGCCACCAAUGAAAUAAAAACUCUUGAUGCGUCUAAAAUGCAAACUCUCUAUUUUAGAGCUGAAGCGCUGAAGGAUUCAAAGCCGUCUCAGAAAGACAAGCCGGUCCCAGCGAAACCAAAUCAGCAAGCCAGGACUUACUUUCCAUUGGGGCCUGAUUUUUCCUUGAACGAUAAGCCACAGGCAGUCAGAGCUGUGCAGGCCAGUGAACCUCAAGGUCAGCGAUACACCGCGGAGGAGAUUGAGGUGCUCAGGUAAGGAAAGGGAACAGUUUUCCAGGCUUGUUGAAAAUGGGUUGCCUCAUUUAGACUGCAGUCGGGUGCACACUUAAACCAGGGAGCCCGUCCCACUGAACACAGUGAGGCUUACUUCUGAGCAAGCAUGCAUGGGAUUGUUGAAAGCACCAGAUUGUAGACCGAUGUGAUGAUUCUGUUGGGAUGCGUCUGGGGAGACGGGGGCUUUUGGCAGGCCCCCAGCUGGCUCCAGCCACCGGCCAGCAGCCAGGUGAACUCCAGAUCUCGGAACAGCAUCAAUCAGCCUCAGAAGCCUUCAGAAGCUUAAGCACGCAAGCCAGCAGAGGUAAGAACUCUUUGCAAUGGAAGUGGCGGACAGAGACAUGUGUAAGCAUUAUUUACAGGGAUGCGGGUGGCGCUGUGGGUUAAACCACAGAGCCUAGGACUUGCCGAUCAGAAGGUUGGCGGUUCGAAUCCCGGUGACGGGGUGAGCUCCCGUUGCUCGGUCCCUGCUCCUGCCCACCUAGCAGUUUGAAAGCACGUCAAAGUGCAAGUAGAUAAAUAGGUACCACUCCGGCGGGAAGGUAAAUGGCAUUUCCGUGCGCUGCUCUGUUUCGCUAGAAGCGGCUUAGUCAUGCUGGCCACUUGACCCGGAAGCUGUACACCAGCUCCCUCGGCCAAUAAAGCGAGAUGAGCGCCGCAACCCCAGAGUCGGCCACGACUGGACCUAAUGGUCAGGGGUCCCUUUACCUUUUUAUUCAGCAUAGUUCAGGAACAAAGGGAAAACAUGUCUGCUUCCCUUCGUGUCCAAGCAAAACAGCAGCAUAGCAAAAGCAAUAUACAACGGAAGUUCCCAGCAGACUAUGCUGGAAGUAAAUAGACAUGUGACUUACAACAACUCCACAUAUCUGUUCCUCUUAAGGCGGAAUGGAACAUCAAUAUCCUAACAGUUACAACAACAGCAAAUGUUGCACGGCUCUUAAAUAUCAAGAAGGCGUGCCGACUUUAUCGUGGAGUUUAUGCCAAUGAUCAAGCAACGUGUAAUUCUAAUCCCAUUUCCCUUCGGGAUGCAAAUGUACUAAGGCUAACAGCAGGAUAUUUAGCUGAUAAAUGUAUCCAUAUAUUUUGGCGCGGAAUAGCAUUGCUGCUAAAGGAGAUACAGGUUUGCCGCCACCACUCCUGCUGCCCUUUUAAAACAAGCCAACACAAAUAGGACUUUGUACAGCUUUGGAGGAAGUCAGGGGAAGGCUACAGUAGUAACUUCCUGCCUGGCAGGCAAGCUUCAAAGAGAUGGAGCCCCCUGGUGGUCUGGGGAAGCAGUGUCUAUUUUAAGACGCUGUGUUUGCACCACACUGACCUCCCCACCUCUUUAUCUAACUCAACCAGCCAUUUCUGCUUUGAACCUUUGGUGGCCAGAACAUUCAGGGCUAAUGACCAUGUGAACAAAGCUUUCAAUGCAAAACUGAAGGGGAAAAUUUGCUGGCUCUUUAAAACGAGACCAUCCACUGCGUCUUGCUCCCGUUCCCAUACUAAAAAUUCUAAAGGCAUUAAGCAGGCAGGUAUACCUCAGCUGUUCAUUUAGAGCCUGUCUGGGUGGGAAACAAAUGCAUUUGAAUAGCAUUGUGGUCCUGACAUCUUGCAUCCUGUUUUCAUAGGAAGACAUCAAAGAUCAAUGGCAUUGAGUACGUCCCUUUCAUGAGCGUUGACCUCAGAGAGCGUUUUGCUUUUCCAGUACCUUUCUCGUAAGUGAAUAUAAGCUGCCUAGCUAUGGACUCACCGAAAUGCUUUCUCAUUCCUUAUUAUUCUUAAGAAUUGUCUCUGGGGAACAAUGUUCAGGUGCUCCCUUGAAAGGGCGGUGUGAAAAGUAAGCUGUUGCCGCCUGCUCAUCGUAGGUGAAUUCAUUCAACUAUACGCGCUAUAGAAAUAGUCUUGACAUCUGCAGUACCCCUGUUAAAUUUUUGAACACUGCUACUGUUAGGAAAAAUGCUUACAGGCCAUUCAACUUCAGAUUAAGGAACCUUGAAGCACCGACAAAUGUUAGAGAGGCUGCAAAAUAGUGGGCACCUCUUUGUACUUGUGGUUUUACAUGCUUUUAGAAAGGGACAUCUGUAAUAGACUAAAUGCAAUAAAUUAAUGGGCUUCUUGAACCCUGACUGAUCAGUGCAGUGGAAGCUGGAAGAAAACUUUAUUUUAUAUAUACAUAUAUUCUUUAUUGAAAGAUAAUUAUAAUAAUAAUUAAUAAUAAUAUUUUAUUUGUACUCCGCCCUCCCCGGCUGGAGCUGGGCUCAGAGUGGCUAACAUCAUAUAAAUAACACAGUAUACAUAAAAACAGGCAUCAAUUAAUUAAAAUAUGUCUUAAAAUUAAUUCAGACAAAUUAUAAUCUGCACAAAUGGCAGUUAUCAGGUUAAGACUGAGAGCGGUUAAUACUUGCCAGGACCAACUGUUUUCACGGAUCGUAUAAGGACCUGUGGACAGGCUGGGAGGCCUCCUUCAUGCUUGUUCUUAUACAAAGGAAAAUAGGUCAGACUGCACCCUGGCCAAAGAUAAAAAGUACAUAAUUGCAAGUGCACAGAGUAAGAUAAGACACAAAAAAAAAAAAAAAGAAAGAAUACUACCCAUGUAGAAAACAAAACACAACAAAAACAAAAAUUGUAUACAUUUCCCAAAAAAGUUGUAAUUAAUCAGACCAUAACCUAAUAUGGUAUUUAUAAAAUGGAAGAAAGCAUUAUUUUUAACUUGUAAGACUCCAGAGGUCUGCAUGCUCCUGUUAUUAGUAUCUUCCAGAGUUUUAACUGUUUCACACUGACUUAGGAUUGUAGAAUCAUGAAUGAGUUAAGUGGGCAACUUUUCCAAAGCUUUUUUUCAAAAUGGUCUCUGUGGUCUUUGUGGUCUCUGAAGCGCAUCUCUUCUUACUCUCUUACGCUGCUGGAAGUAACUCAUGAGCCCUACAGCCCUAAUGCUAAGGAGGCUUGAGAGGUCUUCAGAUUUAAAGAAAGUGUGGCAGGGGAAACAUGUACACAUUUGAGUCUGGAAGUCAAUCUCAAAAAGUAAUUGCCGAUGAAUAUUUGCUCCAUAUUAAAAAGAUAAAAUUGCAUGAUCACACAUUACAAUCCAUAAAAGCCACAAUCUAAGACUGUUAUAACAAUAUUCUGACAGCAGCAGUUGAGUGAUACUGGCAAAACAAAACAGUAUGAAGAUAUAAAAAAAGCAGCAAAGAAUGAAAAAUUAAAAGCAGAUUGUAAAGCAACUAUUGCUAAAAAAAGAGCUAUUUUAUAUUGUGGCUUUCUGGAACCGAAGCGGAGUAGACUCGUUUGUAAGGAGCCUAGGAAAUAAACUCAAAUACAGAUUGAUUGCCAGGAUCUGCAUAUAUUACAGGGAGAUUGCUUUGGUUGUUGGUCAUGAGGCCUAAGUAGUCUUCACAGCGGUAAAUAUUGGGGCAAGCAGGGUAUAAUUCAUCGGGUGGCGCAGUGGUCUAAACCACUGAGCCUCUUGGGCUUGCUGAUCAGAAGGUUGGCGGUUCGAAUCCCCGCGACGGGUUGAGCUCCCGUUGCUCUGUCCCAGCUCCUGCCAACCUAGGAGUUCAAAAGCACGCCAGCACAAGUAGAUAAAUAGGUACCACUAUGACGGGAAGGUAAACAGUGUUCAGUUGCGCCAGAAGCAGUUAAGUCCUGCUGGCCCCAUGACCUGGAAAGUUGUCUGUGGACAAACGCCUGCUCCCUUUGCCUGAAAGUGAGAUGAACGCCACAACCCCGUAGUCACCUUAACAGUCCCGGAGUCCUUUACCUUUCACCUUAAUUCAGUGUAGGAGCCCAAGCAAGGCUGAUCAUGAACUGGAGGCUGGAAUUCCAGGUUUGGAGAGCUAAGAGCCCAAAGGGAACAAGAACAAUUAGGAGCUAGGCUCAGGUGGUCUUUUGAAUCUUCAUAGGUGGGCAGAAAACCUUUUGGGUAUUGCUUCCUGAUUUGCCCUGAUAAAAAUGAUGUGUGAUAAAGUGAUUUUACCAGCCCGUGGAUUUCAUACUUAGCAGUGACUUUUGGUUUGGGGUGGGGAUUGCUUUGAUUGCAGAGAUAGAUGUGGCAAGCUGCCGUUGUCUCCCAAGCAAAAGGCAAUGUUUUCCCGCUGGGUGCGGCCUGAUGAGAUAACAAACAGCCCCACCAUGAUCUACACAGUGUCGAGCUUCAGCAUAAAACAGGUAAGGAGGAUCUGACACAGUUGGCUAUCUUCAAAUAAGAAACAAAGCAAGACGGCAGAAGCUGACACUUUCACAGUCUGCAAAGAGAGCUUUCGCUUUGAUGUUCUUUCAUACACUGUUGCCUUCCUGUGAGCAAUGUUCAGAACCCCCACACUACCAGAAAGUAUUAAUUACGUGUCAGAGCCCUAAUUCAGGAAUCGGAAGGGCCAUUUCAUUUGCAGGCUGUAAGUGCUCCUGCCAACCUUGCAGUUCGAAAGCACGUCAAAGUGCAAGUAGAUAAAUAGGUACCACUCCAGCGGGAAGGUAAACGGUGUUUCCGUGUGCUGCUCUGGUUCGCCAGAAGCGGCUUAGUCAUGCUGGCCACAUGACCCGGAAGUUGUACGCUGGCUCCCUUGGCCAGUAAAGCGAGAUGAGCGCCGCAGCCCCAGAGUCGGCCAUGACUGGACCUAAUGGUCAGGGGUCCCUUUACCUUUAACAUGGGUAGUAUUGACCUCCAACUCCCAUUAGUCCUGAGCAGCUUAGCCAGUGGUCAGCCAGGGUGGGAGUUCGAGUUCAGUCACAUUUGGAGGGCUGCAGGUUCCCUAGCCCUGCUCUGCUGCAGUUGGAGAAGGUGUGUUUAGAGGAAUGCUUUAGAGGGAAACAGAAUCAGUGGCUCUUUCUCAUCUGUCAAAGUAAAUGGAGAAUAUUUUCUUCAAUGCCUUUGGAUCUGACGAAGAAUCCAGAGGUUUGGGUGCUUUGAGGUUAGAACUGGUAUAUCAGAGAUGGGAGCUAUGUGGCCUUGCAGAUAUUCCCAUCAUCCCUGGCAAUAUGGAGGGCCUCUGGCUCCCCAUCCCUGUGUGGUUACCUGACUUUUGAGGAAACUGGUGUUUACAGUUUCAAGCAUAUUUAUUUGCCUUGAAUUAACUCAGUUCUUCCCCCACAUUUUCGAUCAAUUGAGAGAUCUAAUUUAUUGUUGGGUGUCUCCCCCCCCCAAUCCUCUUUACAUUGGCCUGCUUGUCAGUGGCACUUCAUUUUUUUUAUAUUUCAUUUAUGAUUUUCAGUUUUAUACAUUUCAGUAAUUUUACAAUCAUUUUAACAUUUCAAAACUUCCUUCCCCCUCUUUCUACGGCUCCUUAAAUUUAUUUUUAAUAUUUUCUGCAUAUCCGAAUUAACUUAAUUUGCUCAUUUAUUCAUCUACUUUAAAUAUAUACUCUUAUGAAACUGCAGGUUAUUACAGUGAUCCUGCCAAUGUUUUUAUCUGUUUGCAAUUUAUAAGUAAAUAUUCAAUAAACCACUUCCAUUCUUUUAUAAAAAGUUUGUUAUCUUCAUUUCUUAUUUUUCCGGUAAGUUUCACCAUUUCUGCAUAUUCCAUAAGUUUUUGUAUCCAUUCUUCUUUUGCUUUCCAUUUUUGGGCAAGUGACAUUCUUGCCGCUGUAGUCGCAUACAUGAAUAAAUUUCUAUACAGUUUGGGUAGUUCUGAAACUCCUUGACCCUUUACUCUUUCUGUCCUCAGACAAUCGUGUCAGAUUGUUCCUUCGUAGCUUCUCUUGCUAUCAGUGCGGCAUAUGAAAGACGAUACAACAAGAAGCUGAUUACCAGGUACAGGUUCUGGCAGAUGAUCUGCAAAGUUUUUGUUUCAAAUUUUUUUUUAAUAUAAAAAAAUGUGCUGGAAAUAACUUGGCAGCUUCACUAUCUAUGUGCUUUCUGGCCAUUUCUUUUAAAAUAUAUAUUUAUUUAGUUUUUCAAAUUAUAAUUUUACAAUCACAUAUCCAACAUCCAACAUAAAAACAAGAUUCCAAAGAAUCUCCUGGACUUCCCUCCUGCCUCCUUGUGGGUCCUAUUAUUAAUCAUUUCCUCCUGCAUCUUUUAUAAUAAUCCAGAUCUUUUACAUCUCCGUUAUAUCCAAAAUUCACCACUAAACUACAAAUGUUACUCCAAUCCUACUAAUGAUUUUAACUGUUUACAAUGAUUUUUAAGGUAAAUUAUAAAUUUCCCCUGUUCCUUAUUAAAAAAUUUGGUCUUCCUGAUUUCUGAUUCUUCCGGUCAUUUUGGCCAUUUUAACGUGCUCCGGAAACCUGCAGCCAGAGUCCUGACCGGUAACAUCAAAUUGGUUGAUGAAGCUCAACACCACCUUUUUGGCCCAUGAUACCCAGGCCAGAUCUAGACACAUAAAAGAAGCGUUUUGGUUAAGCGCGUUGUAAACUUUCUAUGAGAAAUCAGGUUGGCAAAAACGGAACUCCACAGUGCCAUCUGGUGUCUCAGAGUUAUAAAGCAUAAACAGUGCGUAUAAAACGCUUUUUCUUUGCCAGUAUAGCUGAGUCCGCAGUUUCCCAAGCCCUUCUGUCUGCUUGCUUAUUUCCUGCUUUUCACAGAAAAUCUCCCUCCCUCUUCUAGGCCUUUAUGGUGUGUUUGAAUCAAGAUGGCUGGUUUCAAGAUGGUUGCUGCAUCUUCCACCCCUGUUGUGUUCAGAUAUCUCCCACUUUCAAUCCAUGUAUUUAUAACCACUCUGAAAUCAUAAAUCCUCGGUUGUGAGAGGCAUGGGGAACGCAUUCAGGGAGGGACCAUAGCUCAGCUGUGGGAUGCGGGUGGCGCUGUGGUCUAAACCACUGAGCCUCUUGGGCUUGCCGAUCAGAAGGUCGGUGGUUCGAAUCCCCACGACAGAAUGAGCUCCCAUCGCUCUGUCCUAGCUCCUGCCAACCUAACAGUUUGAAAGCACGCCAGUGCAAGUAGAUAAAUAGGUACCACUGUGGCGAGAAGGUAAACAGCGUUUCUGUGCGAUUUGGCUUACGUCAGUGUUGUUUGUAGCCUUCUCACCACCUCAAGGGGGACGAUCCUGCCCAUGGAGUGGGGUCCUGACCAUCUGCUCCAAAGUCUGGCUGGGAUGGCACUGCUGAUGUCACAAUACUCUUGUGAUGUAGUUUAGUCUGCUACCAGGCAGGAUGACAACAAAUGCAAGGUUGCCACUAGUAACAGGAGCCCAGUGCUUUGUGUCUAUCCCUCCCAAUAUCUAGGGAAAUCAGUGCAUGACUAGAUCAUUCAUCAGUUCUCCAUUCACUCCACCCAAAGUUUUGCCAUGGCAAGGAAGGUGCUGGCUGCAUGAUUCACUGGGGAGCAGGAAGCUCAGUUGUGUCAGUAUAAUAGGAAUGACUGGGCUGUUCAUGACAUGAUCUAAAUAAGUUGCACCACUGCAUGGCAUAAGUGGUGAGGUUAUAAUAGUUAUAUACUCUGUACUAUUUAUUUAAUUUUAUUUAUUUAUCCCUACAACCUAGUGAGCUCCCGUUGCUCUGUCCCAGCUCCUGCCAACCUAGCAGUUCGAAAGCACGCCAGCACAUGUAGAUAAAUAGGUACCACUGCAGCAGGAAAGUAAAUGGCAUUUCUGUACGCUCAGGUUUCCAUCACAGUGUCCCGUUGCUCCAGAAACGGUUUAGUCCUGCUGGCCACAUGACCCGGAAAGCUGUCUGCAGACAAACGCCGGCUCCCUUGGUCUGAAAGCGAGAUGAAAAUUAAUGAAUGUUAGAAAAAUGUUGGAAUGAAGUUAUAUGGCUUUAGUAGAAAUGUUAUAAGGAAUUAAGUAUAGAUAGAUUAAUAGAGCAUUAAAGGAAAAAAUAAGGUUAGAAUGAGUUAAGAUAAUUAUAGGAUAGAAAACAAGGAAGAUGGAAAGGAAUUGUUGAAAUAAUUAACAGAAGUGGAAUACAAAAAGGGAGGUGUGAAGAGGUCGUGGAAAUAAGUGAAUGAAAGAUGGGAUAAUGAAAUUGUUUGAUUUAUUUUAUUGUUUUUGUUUUGUUUUGUUGGUUUAAUGUAUUGCAUUGUAUUGUCUUUUUAGUGUUUAAGUUUUUGGAAAAGUAAUAAAUAUUAUUUUUUUUAAAAAAUGAAAGCGAGAUGAGCGCCGCAACCCCAUGGUCGCCUUUGACUGGACUUAACCGUCCAGGGGUCCUUUACCUUUUACCUAUAGCUUAGCUGUAGAGCAUCUUACAUGCAAAAAGUUGCAGGCUCAAACACCUGGCAUCUCUACCCUAAUAAUUUUUGUUUGCUGCAAUUUUAUAUGCCUAACUCCAUUGUGGUCGCUGGUGUCCUUUACUGUUUGGGACUUUCAGUUCUCUAUAUAACAGAGAACCUUUCCCUCUCAGGUGUGGGUUUAACACCAAAAAGCACACGAUACCAACUCUUUCUUAAGCUUUAAGUUGACAACACGGGAUUGAAAUAGACUUGGCUUAGUCCACAACAUGCACACAGAAUAUAUUCUAAUAUUUCCCCUGGUCUCUUCCCUUCCCCCCUUCAACACAGCAUUAUUUAUCCGCAGAAUAAAAAAGGAGAGCCGGAAUAUAAUCCGUGUGGAAAAUACAUGGUUAAGCUGCAUAUCAAUGGGGUCCCUCGGAAGGUAAGGUCAUGAUUGUUUGCUUGCUAGGUUGAUGGUUAGAAUUUUAUGUAAUUAUAUCCUAUUAAGUUGUUGACUGAACACAUGGGGGUCUCCACAAGGAUGAAUAUACCACAAAAACAAGACCUUGCCCCCCCCCACCACACGCAAUUCACAGCUUUUACAGGGGAACAGCAAUAUUGGCAGGUGUCUGUUAGCAUUUGUAUUGCAUUUGCAUUGUAAAUGUAUUUUUUUUUUAAAUGGUAUUGGGGAAAGGAGGUGGCAGGUGGGAGUUGGCUGGUUAUUCCGUUAGUUGUUUCUUUGGCCAAGAACGUGAGAGAGUGCUGAUUUCAGGCAGACACUGUCUGGAGGAGUUUGUGAGGACAAGCAAUCUGUGGAUUAUUACCUUAGGCACUCCUAUGAAGGAGUUUUGAAAACAAAAAGGACUAAACCCUCUCUUGGGCUCAAGGGAGAGAAACACAUUGUGUUCAUUAAUAUACAGUAUACAGUCAGUAUCUUGGAAGUUGAACAGUAUCCAUUCUGGAAAUCCGUUCAACUUCCAAGAGCCAGUGUGGUGUAGUGGUUAAGAGUGGUAGACUCGUAAUCUGGUGAACCGGGUUCGCUUCCCCGCUCCUCCACAUGCAGCUGCUGGGUGACCUUGGGCUAGUCACACUUCUCUGAAGUCUCUCAGCCCCACUCACCUCACAGAGUCUUUGUUGUGGGGGAGGAAGGGAAAGGAGAAUGUUAGCCGCUUUGAGACUCCUUAGGGUAGUGAUAAGGCGGGAUAUCAAAUCCAAACUCUUCUUCUUCAAAAUGUUUGGAAACAAAGCGCGGCUUCUGAUUGGCUGCAGGAAGCUCCUGCAGCCAAUCAGAAGUCCCGUCAGACAUUCGGCUUCCAAAAGAAAGUUCAAAACUCAGAACAGUCACUUCCGGGUUUCGAUCAUUUAGGGGCCAAAAUAUCCAAGUUCCAGGGUGUUCAGGAUCCAAGGUAUGACUAUAUGAAUAAUACUUCUUGUUCAACUGUUGCCAACCUGACAAGCAAAAAAUUAUCUUCAAGUCUUGUGUAAGGUGUCUUUUUUUAUCACAAAUAGCUAACAGUGCCCCCAUGUCCCCCGCAUCUCAUGUUUUAAUCAACACAUUGUCAGAACGCUUGGCUAGAGCCAAUGUAUAUUCUUCGUUCUAUGAGCCUGACUCUUCUGUGUGACUUACUUAAUUCCACGCGAAGCUGCCACAGCUGUCUUAUUUAAGCUCUUGGUUUGAUCUCUCUCUGUCCUGUUUUGCCCAGGUGAUAAUCGAUGACUUCCUACCGGUGGAUCACAGCGGAGAACUUCUCUGCUCUUACUCCAACAACAAAAGCGAACUCUGGGUUUCCUUGAUAGAGAAAGCUUACAUGAAGGUUAUGGGAGGUUAUGAUUUUCCAGGAUCAAAUUCUGUGAGUACUGAUCUGUUCUUGGCAAGGAGUAAAUGUCUGUUCAGGCAGAUCUUCCCAUUAUGAAGAGCUCUUUCAUUAAUCCCAAGUAGAGAAUGUAAAAUAGACGGAUGCCAUCAUAAACAAAAUACGAUCUCUGCUUUUUGUUCAUUGUAGCAUGUGUGCUUUUUUUCCAGCACGGCAAAUAAUCUCUGUAGGAGUAAGUUAUAUUUGAGUUGGCCUUAUUUGGGGAAUGUUCUUGGCAAAUGCAAGUUAGCACGACUGAAGUCUAGUAUGGGGUUUUAUGGAUGAAAUUCGGGGGGGGGGGGGGGAUGCAUUUGGGUACCACAACUUGGUCUCCAGUUUCUGAGGCUUUGGCCCUUAUUGAUAUCACAUUUUCAGCUGCAUCUCUGUGAUGAUGGAGGGAAGAAACCAUUAUACUGUGGCCAAAGGUAAGGAAGAAAGAAGCUGUGUUAGCCAGUGCAGUUCUGUUUCCUCUGAAUCUGAAAAUUUCUGAUGGCUGCUGCAAAAUCCAUGGCGUUUUCUGUGAAUUAGCCUUCUGUUACCUCCUAAAAAGUUUCACGUAGGCCAGCACCAAAAGGAAAUGAAAACUGGAAGUUUCAGAACUGGAACCAUACCUUUUAUUAAACUUCUUGCUUUUCAAAAAUAGCAAUUUCCCCCCACAUGCAUGGCUUUUUCACAGUCCUGGGUUAUACUGCUGUUUUUGUUACCGAGGAAAUCUGCUUUUAUUUCAGAAUAUUGAUCUCCAUGCGUUGACUGGCUGGAUACCCGAAAGGAUUGCCAUGCACUCAGGCAACCAGUCUUUUGACAAAGACAGUUCCUUCAGGAUGCUUUACCAAAGGUAACUUACGGCUGAUAUAUAUAUAUAUUUUUAAGAGGCUCUGGUGUUAUAAGCGGAAUAGUUCCAUUGUAUUUUUACACUUGCUAGUGCCAUGGCUAGCAAAUACUAAUGAGCAAUUGAUGAAGGUAUGGUCUUUAUCUAUAGUGAGAGAGACUGAUGUAGAAAAUGGCACUUUGGUGGUAGUGUGUUUCAGUCCUCUGUUAGACUUUAAAAAGAAAUACACCAAUUGGCCAGAAAUAUUGACAAGCUUCUGGCUGAAUUCUGCCUUUCUUUGGACUUAAGGCAGAAGUAGAAAUAUUUUUCAAAGGGGCAUGAAGUAAAAGCUGUGGUAUGUUUGGUGUUUGAGCUUUUGUUGUUUCAGAUGCUGCAGGUAAAUAUGGAUGACUUCAGGAUAGGAUUCGAAUCUGGUUUAAUUAGGAAUACUUUUAGUAUAUAAUAAUUUUUAAUAUUUUUUCAGUUACAAUAAUCCAAUAAUAGCCUCAUUAGAACAAUGCCAAAUUAUAAUACAGUUCCUAAUACAAAUCAUUCAAAUUCCAAAUUAUAUAAUUUACGUGCCCCCCCAAGGACUAGAAUAGAUUAUUUUGAUGAUUUUCUUUGUUUCUACAUUCCAAAAUCUUACUGAUUUCAAUUACAUUCCCAUCAUAGUAGUAAUCCCUUAUACAACAGCUGCUAUAUUUGUAACUUCUAUUCAUGUUGACACAUUAAGAAGAUCAUGGCCACAGGUCCCAUCACCUGCUGGCAAAUAGAAGGGGGGGGGGGAAUGGAGGCAGUGAGAGAUUUUACUUUCUUGGGCUCCAUGAUCACUGCAGAUGGUGACAGCAGCCACGAAAUUAAAAGACGCCUGCUUCUUGGGAGAAAAGCAAUGACAAACCUAGACAGCAUCUUAAAAAGCAGAGACAUCACCUUGCCAACAAAGGUCCAUAUAGUUAAAGCCAUGGUUUUCCCCAGUAGUGAUGUAUGGAAGUGAGAGCUGGACCAUAAAGAAGGCUGAUUGCCGAAGAAUUGAUGCUUUUGAAUUAUGGUGCUGGAGGAGACUCUUGAGAGUCCCAUGGACUGCGAGAAGAUCAAAUCUCUCCAUUCUGAAGGAAAUCUGCCCUGAGUGCUCACUGGAAAGACAGAUCUUGAAGCUGAGGCGCCAAUACUUUGGCCACCUCAAGAGAAGAAAAGAUUCCCUGGAAAAGACCCUGAUGUUGGGAAAGAUGGAGGGCACAAGGAGAAGGGGACGACAGAGGACGAGAUGGUUGGACAGUGUUCUCGAAGCUACCAGCAUGAGUUUGACCAAACUGCGGGAGGCAGUGGAAGACAGGAGUGCCUGGCAUGCUCUGGUCCAUGGGGUCACAAAGAGUCGGACACGACUAAACAACAACAACAAAGUCUACAAGUGAAGAUCUCAUACUGUAUCAUUGUUUUUCCUGUGUGUGACAUUUGUUCUGUCCAGGAUGUUUCUUCCUGUCCAUGUAUGCCAAUCUUUCCCUGGUCGUUGCUGCAAUCUGUCAUGCCUUGAGCGGAGAUGAUAUCCCAGUGUUGCUCCAGAAAUUUCUCCCUCACUCAGUCCCAUGCUCUUUGUUUUUGCGGCUUUAACAAUAGCUGCAAAAGUCACUCUAUCCCAGUCAGUGACCUGUUUUCACCAUUUUCCCUCCCAGCCUUGGAAGAAGAAGGAUCUGUUAUCUUUCCAGUGCACUUGGCAAGUUUCCAGAUUCCUUCCAUUCCUCCAUUCAGCCGAAUAUAAAUAGCACAUACCUUCCAGAUUCCAUACUCGCAAAAUGAUAAUUAGUCCAAUUAUCGUAUAGUCCAAACAGUCCAAUUAAAUUUCUCCAUCCCUCGGUCCCAUGCUUCUCUGUUUAAUUAGAAAUACUAGGAACUAAAGUUUUGUGGUAUAAGCUCGGGGGUAGUCAAGUGCUGUUGGACUUCAAUCAGGGUGGAUUUGAUUUAAAUCAAAUCGAUUUAAAUCACGAUUUAAAUCACUAGUCAGUAAGACUUGAUUUAAAUCAUAUUUUUUUACAGACAGAUUCAUUCUUGCAUAUUUACAAGCAGAUGAAGGUUUCAUUUUUGGAAUAAUAAAUUUUCAGAACAGUUUUUACAGUUAUAUCAAAAAUUACUGAUUUGGUUAUACUAUUAGAAAUACAUAGACAGAUAGUUAUGAAAUUAUUGUGAGGUUUGAUAAGUUAGCUGUUUAUAUUUGGACAACUUUUCUGCUGUACUUUAUCGGAAGGAGAAAAAUAAACAUUUCCUCAAUAACAAUUUAAACAAUUAUUUAACUAAAACAAUAACAUUAUAGCAUCGAUAUUUGUUAACUGAUGUGGUUAAACAAUUUUUUAAAAAAAACUUCAGACUGAGUUUUAGCACACAUGAAAAACUUAAAGGAAAUCCUUAUUUCCUGAUGGAUAGCCUUUGGACUAUAAUGUAACUUAAAUAGAAAACUAUCUUUAGAAUGGUUUUUCCUCCAAAAGCAUUUUAUUUUAAAAAUCUGAUUUAAUUUUAAAAAAUCUGGUAUUAUUAUUAUUAUUAUUUAUUUUAUUUUAAAAUCCCAUCAGCUCCAACCAUGGUGGAAGAUAAUGGGAGCUGGUUUCCACCAGCUACGGGAAGAGAGGAGGGGAUUUACUUUAGUUCUAGCUACAAUUUAAAAUGAGGCUGCAUUUUAAAUUGAAUUUUAACCUGUGUUUUAAAUUGUUCUUUUUCUUUUUUCUUAUUAUGUUUUUACUGAAAUUUUAUUGGUGUUAGCCGCCCUGAGCCUGGCUCUGGCCGGGGAGGGCGGGGUAUAAAUAAAUUUUUAUUUAUUUAUUUAUUUAUUUAUUUUUUAUUAUUAUUAUUAAUAACUCCUGAAAUAGUUCUUCGAGAUUUCUUAUCUGUCUUCCACCCCUGUGCCGCAACCUCUGAGAGGCAUCAAUUUAUGCCACCGCUUCGUUAAGGUUUCCAGGAUGACAUCUGCCUUUCUUUUCUCUUCUUCAAAAGGAUCUUGUUGUUGUUGUUGUUGUUUAGUCGUGUCCGACUCUUUGUGACCCCAUAGACCAGAGCACGCCAGGCACUCCUGACUUCCACUGCCUCCCGCAGUUUGGUCAAACUCAUGCUGGUAACUUCGAGAACACUGUCCAACCAUCUGGUCCUCUGUCAUCCCCUUCUCCUUGUGCCCUCCAUCUUUCCCAACAUCAGGGUCUUUUCCAGGGAGUCUUCUCAUCUCAUGAGGUGGCCAAAGUAUUGGAGCCUCAGCUUCAGGAUCUGUCCUUCCAAGUGAGCACUCAGGGCAGAUUUCCUUCAGAAUGGAGAGGUUUGAUCUUCUUGCAGUCCAUGGGACUCUCAAGAGUCUCUUCCAGCACCAUAAUUCAAAAGCAUCAAUUCUUUGGUGAUCAGCCUUCUUUACGGUCUAGCUCUCACUUCCAUACAUCACUACUGGGAAAACCAUGGCUUUAACUAUACGGACCUUUGUUGGCAAGGUGAUGUCUCUGCUUUUUAAUAUGUUGUCUAGGUUUGCCAUUGCCUUUCUCCCAAGGAGCAGGCGUCUUUUAAUUUCGCGGCUGCUUUCACCAUCUGCAGUGAUCAUGGAGCCCAAGAAAGUAAAAUCUCUCACUGCCUCCAUCUCUUCCCCUUCUAUUUGCCUAUCUAUUUCUAUCUAUUUCAAAUGGAUAAGGAUAGACUAAUAAGAAGCAUCAGUGGUUCUGUUACUCCAUCUGUAAGCAAACUCUGAAAGUCAACAUUCUUCUUCUUUGUGGCCAGAUUUCGCAAAGGGGACGUGCUCAUUACAACGGCGACGGGAGUGAUGACCGAGGAGGAAGGAGAAAGGUGGGGUUUAGUACCAACCCAUGCCUACGCUGUUUUGGAUAUCAGAGAAUACAAGGUACCCGUGGGAAUAAAUGCAUCAGAGCUUUUGGCAAUACCUCCUUUAAAUUGGCAGGUUUUUAUAUUUUAAAAAUCUUGCGUCCUCUUUUGCUGCUUAAAAGCUGAAGAAUAGGAAACCAUGGAACAUCUUUUCCAAAUCAGCUUUAUCCGGAUUGUUUUAAGACUUUCAGCUCAUUUGAUUUCCUGUAUUCAUUGGGGGUGUGGGGUGGUACAACCUAAUGGAAAAUGCCAGAUACUCCUUAUUUUCUUUUCUUCGUUUAGGGGCUUCGAUUCCUCCAGCUGAAAAAUCCCUGGAGCCACCUCCGCUGGAAGGGAAGAUAUAGUGAAAAUGAUAUGAAGAACUGGACCCCGGAACUUCAGAAAUACUUGAAUUUCGAUCCCAGAACGGCCCAGAAAAUAGACAACGGUAAAGGAGCAAAACACUUGGAGGUUUGAGCAAGCAAGAUUUUAAAUGGCUCAUUUGCCCCAGAAUCUCCCUAGUGGAACAGGACUGGAGCUUGGGGGAGUAGGGUUGGGAGAGUAGGGGGGUGGCUUGAUUUUCACAGCUCCUAGAAGGAUCAGGUCCAAGGUCAAAGACCUUGGCAGGAUCUUUUAGCUUUUACAGUCGUACCUUGGAAGUCGAACACCUUGCCAGUUUUGACUCCCGAAGGUUGCAAAUACGGAAGUGAGUGUUUCAGUUUGCGAACUAUUUUUGGAAGCCGAACGUCCGACGGGGCUUCUGCAGCUUCUGAUUUUUGAAAAAAAGAUUAGAAGAUUCUUGUCUUCCCUGCCAUGGCCUCCCCGCCAUUGCUUGUCUGGCCAGCUUCACUCUGGCUCCCCUCACUAGGGUUGGACGAUAUAUCAUCCCAAACUGAUUUGAAUUCCACAUUGUGACACUGGUUUCAUCAUUUUUGACCUGGCAAUAUAUUGCAAAUCAUGAUAUCUAUGUGUGUGUGCUAUGCAAAAAUCGCAAGGGGGGGCUGUGAAGCCAGCAGAUGUCUCUACAUCAGGCAUAGGCAAACUUGGCCCUCCAGAUGUUUUGAGACUACAGUUCCCAUCAUCCCUGACCACUGAUCCUGUUAGCUAGUGAUGAUGGGAGUUGUAGUCCCAAAACAUCUAGAGGGCCGAGUUUGCCUAUGCCUAUUCUACAUUAUUUCAUCCUUAUUUCAGACAUCAUGAUAUAUAAGUACAUUGUGAUGUUUAAUUGGUGAUAUAUCACAGUGUUGAAAACCAGGUAUCACCCAGCCUUACUCCCCCACCCCUUUAACUGUACCAGGUGGCCCUAGCAGUCCCUGAAACAACAUUAUUAUUAUUAUUAUUAUUAUUAUUAUUAUUAUUAUUAGCUCCAGACAGUCAUUUUGCUUUCUCAGAAUGCUUCUGGAGGUAAGUGGGACCCAGAGACAUUUUGGAGAAUUAAAAGUGGCUAAUGUUUGGCUCUUCACCCUAUUACUGCGGCAGCACUGCUCUUGUGGGAAUUGCCAGCCAUCUUGGCCCUGUCAUUUAGCGGGGCUCAGGGCCUGUGAGCCCAUCGACCUGUGCCCAGUGAUCCGGCCCUAGCAGUGUCCCUAUGUAGUCAAAACAGCACCACAUAUACACACACACAUACAGUGGUACCUCUGGUUACGUACUUAAUUUGUUCCGGAGGUCCGUUCUUAACCUGAAACUGUUCUUAACCUGAAGCACCACUUUAGCUAAUGGGGCCUCCUGCUGCCGCAGCGCAAUUUCUGUUCUCAUUCUGAAGCAAAGUUCUUAACCUGAGGUACUAUUUCUGGGUUAGCGGAGUCUGUAACCUGAAGCGCCUGUAACCCGAGGUACUACUGUACUCACGAGGAAGGUAUUAGUAGGCUGGGGGGAAACCCAAGAUUUGCAGAAGUACAGAAAUAGAUGGAGGAGCUCUAAAGGGGGGGGGGGGACCCAGAAACAGCCCCAUGAGGGCUGUGUUCAGUAGGCACAGAAUGCUGAAUUUCUGUAUGACAGGACGGAACGGCUCACAGUUUUGAAGAAUAUUCUUCCGCUAUGAAUGGUCCAUGUCAGCAUUAAGAAAAAGAAUUUUCGCCUGCUGUUAUAAUUGUUCUCUCUGUGAAAUGGAUGUUUUGUAUUUAUGAAAAAAUAACAUGGUUGUGACCAAGUUGCAACAAUUAAGGCUGCACAGAACAAAGCAUUUUGGUUCCCGAAAUUCUACAGGACGUGGUAAUAGUGGGUGAAAACAGUCCAGCUCCCAGGCAGGCACCUCGAGAUGGUGGAGAUGUCUGGCCCCAUCCUGGCUCCCAGGCAUCUUCACUUGGUUGCCAGUGGCCAAUAGCCAGGUGCAAAAUGUGCCUGGCGCCUGGCUAAUUUCUAACACUGCUAUAGGCACAUAUUAGAUUUUGAUUAUUGCUGCCUGUGCUUUUUUUCUUUAAAAACGUUUAGGGGUGCUCCCAUUUUGACUCCAGAAAAUCACCAUUUUAUAGUUCAAAUCAGGAAAAUAAACACAGUAAAUGGACAAAAAUACAAAUAUUCACCAAAUGUUUAGGGGUAUGCGUCCCCCCAGAAAAAAAGCACUGAUUGCUGCUCUCAUCCCCGUCUGCAACAACCCUCGUUACUCAAUUCAGAGCUAACGCUGAUCAGACAUUGGCUUUCCUCUCUCUCUGUGGGAUUUAAACGCCGAUUUAAGGAGGGAGCCGGUGGCGACAUAUCAAGGUUAGCUCACUGCGCUGCUGCCUAUUAAUGGCACACCGGCUAACGGGGUUUAUUCUUACACAUGCUGAGUGUGUUGAGGGGCCUUUGAAAACCACCAGCACCCAGGCAGAGCCUUCCGCUCUCGGACUGAGCUGCGGCGACUGAAACGCACAAAGCAGCUCCAGCAGCUGCUCCUCCAGCGUCCAGGCUUGCCCUUGACUGAGUUGCCAAGGUCGGCGGAGGCGCUUCUUGCACACACGCUGCUUCUGCCACCCUGAAGCCAUCUAGCUGUUUCCUAGCACCCGAAGCCACCAUCAUUCUGGGGCAGCUUGUGACUUCACAAUCGGCUGUGUGCACAUCUGCAGCUUGGCUGCAAAGGGAGAGAGGUCUGCUGUGGGCCUUUCUGGAAGCUCAGGGUUAGGAUGAGCAAAGAAAGAGGAAGAUAAUAAACCACAAGAUCAUUACCAAGUGGAGAGAGAGAGAGAGAGAGAGAGAGAGAGGAAGGAAGCAGCAGCAGCAGCAGCAGCAGCAACAACAACAAAAGCCUGGCUUUGCUUGCUCCCAUUUUCUGAUCAGAGGUUUGAUAUGUAGAAAUUGCUUGGGUCCUUUUAGACUCUGGACUUGGUGGUCUUUCAGCCUGUGGUGUUUGGCUGUCAGCCGUUCUGCUGAGUAGGUCCCUAGAUCUCUUCCUCCAAGUCCUGCCCUGAUGGUGAGGCUGCCACUUCUCAGUGCAAGGAGCUAAGCAGAGACUGUUCUGCUUAUUGCAGGGUGCGGGGAGAGGAUGAUUAAAGGGACAGAGACCGAGGUCAGCCCAGUUCAACAGCUGGCAAUCAAUCCUAUUCAGUAACCACAUAACACCGGUCCUGAAAGACCUACAUUGGCUCCCAGUACAUUUUCAUGCAGAAUUCAAAGUGUUGGUGCUGACCGUUAAAGCCCCAAGCAGCCAAUCAGAAGCUGCACUUUGGUUUCCGAAUGUUUUGGAAGUCGAACGGACUUCCAGAACGGAUUCUGUUCGACUUCCAAGUUAUGACUAUAUUUUCAUUGACUCCUGUCAUUAUGUUAAACGGCUUUUUGAGGAAAAUAUAGCAUGUUUUUUGACUAGAUCUUUUCCUUUCUUUUAGGGAUUUUCUGGAUUGCCUGGGAAGAUCUGUGCAAGUAUUACGAUGUUAUAUACUUGAGCUGGAACCCGAGUCUUUUUAAAGAAUCAACAUGCAUUCACAGGUUUGUCCAACGGAAAAGGUUGCAAGUUGCAAGUUUACUUCUAUACAGCUGUCCUGGACCAAUCCCAGCUCCCAACUUCCCUUGUGAGGGAACGGUACAAUAUUUGAGGCUUCCUAAUUUAGAAAAACAGUAAGGGGGACGUGGUGAAGAUGCAUAAAAUUAUGCCCUGGUAUGGACGCGGGUGGCGCUGUGGUCACCACUGAGCCUCUUGGGCUUGCCGAUCAGAAGGUUGGCGGUUCGAAUCCCCAUGACGGGAUGAGCUCCCGUUGCUCAGUCCCUGCUCCUGCCAAUGUAGCAGUUCGAAAGCAUGUCAAAGUGCAAGUAGAUAAAUAGGUAUCACUCCGGCGUGAAGGUAAAUGGCGUUUCCAUGCGCUGCUCUGGUUCGCCAGAAGCGGCUUAGUCAUGCUGGCCACAUGACCCGGAAGCUGUACGCCGGCUCCCUCGGCCAAUAAAGCGAGAUGAGCGCCGCAACCCCAGAGUCGGCCACGACUGGACCUAAUGGUCAGUCUAUUUUACCGUUACCUUUAUGGAAAAAGUAGACAGGAGAAAAACUACUUCAUGAAACUAGAAUCCAGGGCCAUCCAAGGAAGCUGCAAGAUCGGAGAAUCCAGAAGAAAGCAUUUUUUAUUAUGUAGGUACAACUUGGGCACUGUAGCUUAAAUGUUUGGGAGCAUUCAGCAUGCAGAAUUUGAAUAUUCUCACACGCCACGCCGCAUUUCCUCUUGAGCAUUCGUAAGUUUCAGGCUUGCAUUUCAACAGCUGUUUGCUUUGUUCCUUGGAAGGAUUGCACCAAAUAAUAUUUUGUACUUCCUGUUGAGAUCAUUGCUAGCAUAAAAGGAGUGAUAGCCAAAAUAUGUCCUCUUAAAGGGUAGUCAAGUUUUGUAUGAAUGAAUUGCAAUUCCUAUAAACGAAACAGUGACGUGUUUGAGAGAGGGAGUUUGUGUUUAUCUCUCAUGUUUGGGGUUUGUUUUUUGCUGCUUGGUGCUCAAGUUAUCUCAUAUAUACACACACACACACAUAUAUAUGCACAUAUAAAUAUAUAUAUAUAUAUAUAUAUAUAUAUAUAUAUACACACACACACACACACACACAUAUAUAUAUAUAUAUAUACAUACGUACGUACAUAUAUAUAUACACACACACACACACACACACACUGUUUUACAAUUCUCAUAUAUAUAUAUAUAAAUUUUCUCUUUUAUAGUUUAGAAUAUUCAUUUGGACAACCUUAAAAUAUCAAUGACUUCCCUUCUUCUCUUUCCAUGGUUAAUUUUGCAUAACAUAAAUCCCUGCAUUAUUACUUCCAUCAAAACUUAUUUACACUGUUGAAUUUAUCUUAAUGCUGCCAACAUUUUCAAGCGUGCACAAUUUUCCCUCAUACAUUCAGUAAACGUUUUCCAGUCUUCUCUGAACAUAUGUUCUUCUUGUUUUCUCAUUCUGUAUGUUAAAUCUGCAAGCUAAGCAUAUUCCAUCAAUUUAAGUUGCCAUUUGUCUUUGGUUGGGACCUCACUCAUUUUCCAUUUUUAGGCUAACGAAACACGGGCCACAGUAGUGGCAUACAUCAAUAACCUUUUUUGACACCUGGGAAUUUCCAUCUGAAUUAUCCCCAAGAAAAAGGACUCUGGUUUUUUGGGGGGGAAAGGUGCUUUUAAAACUUUUUUUUUCCAAUUCAUCAUAAAUUAUUUCUAAUAAAAUAUUUUCUUUUUCUAUUUUUAGUACCUGGGAUGCAAAACAGGGCCCUGUGAAAGAUGCAUACAGCCUAGCUAACAACCCACAGUACAAACUGGAGGUUCAGUGCCCACAAGGUGGGGCUGCAGUUUGGAUCCUGCUCAGCAGACACAUUACGGACAAGGUACCCUUGGCAUGGGGAAGCAGGUGGCGCUGUGGUCUAAAUCACUGAUCCUAGGGCUUGCCGAUCAGAAGGUCGGCAGUUCGAAUCCCCGCAACGGGGUGAGCUCCCGUUGCUUGGUCCCUGCUCCUGCCAACCUAGCAGUUCUAAAGCAUACCAGUGCAAGUAGAUAAAUAGGUACCGCUCUGGUGGGAAGGUAAAUGGUGUUUCCGUGCGCUGCUCUGGUUUGCCAGAAGCGGCUUAGUCAUGCUGGCCACAUGACCCAGAAGCUGUACGCUGGCUCCCUCGGCCCAUAAAGCAAGAUGAGCGCCGCAACCCCAGAGUUGGUCACGACUGGACCUAAUGGUCAGGGGUACCUUUACCUUUACCUUUACCUUUACCAUUGGCAUGAAUGUUUGAACCUUGGUAUGAAUGAGGGACUGGGCCCUGAAAUGCCGCCGCUUCUUCCGGUAUUUGAGCUAGCAAGAGGAGGAUUAAAGCCACCCGUUAUUUCAAAUAAAAUGCAAACCCACACGAGUGUGAUUCCCUUACCGGGCCAAGCAGAAUGUUAUGAAACAGCGUACAAGUUUUCGGGUCUCCCAGAAUUCUUUCAUCACAGCAGAUGUCAAAAACACAAGGCGGGGGAAAUUGGAAAUCCUCUUUCUGUUUUGUAACAUUUUGACUGGCCCUAUUCCUAAUGUGGAUUCGGAUUUGUUGUUGUCGGCCGACACGGUUACCUUUUUAACUUUUGUCAAGCAUAUUUCAUAGACCUUUCUUGCAAGCCGCUUAGAGGUUUUGGUACAAUUACCACAUUUCCCCCUGUAUAAGACUAGGUUUUUUUCCUUAAAAAUAAUGUAGAAAAUUUGGGGGCGUCUUAUACACGGAUACAUCCCUCUAUUUUCUUAAAUCUGACUCCCCCAAAAUAGGGGGCAUCUUAUACAUGAGGGCAUCUUAUAGAUGGGAAAAUACGGUACGUGGUAUACAGUCAUACCUUGGUUUUUGAAUGCCUUGGUAUGUGUACGUUUUGGUUCCUGAACGCCAAAAGCCCGGAAGUAGGUGUUCUGGUUUGCAAACAUUUUCCGGAAGCCGAACAUCCGGCGCGGCUUCCGCUUGAGUGCAGAAAGCUCCUGCAGCCAAUCGGAAGCCGUGCCUUGGUUUUCAAACCGUUUUGGGAGUCAAAUGGACUCCCGGAACAGAUGAAGUUCAAGAACCAAGGUACCACUGUAUAGAUUUUGUAAGAGAUAGGCUACGUUUGCGUUAACUAGAGCAGUGUGUUCAGCACCAGAUCUCGCAACCAAACUGCUGGCACAUCUGUACCUCCAAAACUGUGUACUAGAGUGCAUUGUUAGUGUGCUAAAGUUUUUGCAGCGGGAAAUGCAACUAAAGGGUUCCUGUGAGUCUUCCACCCACGCAAGAGCUGCCACCUGUGUUUCUGUGUGACCGACUGCCAUAAGCUUCCCUCGUUCCAGUCAGCCUCUACCAGAUUUGGGGGUCUGUUCCUUUUGGAGCCAAGCAUUUUUACCUUUGCAUUCUCUUAAACCCUGUUAUGUGCAGGUGUGAAUUGUGCUGCUCAGAAACUGAAGGUCUGUUGAGUCGUGUCAGAAUGAGCGAGAGAGGGAGCCUCCCCGGUCAGAGGCAGUCUACCUAAGGGAAGGGGGGCGGUUGGUUUUAUUCUCAUUCUCAUUGUGUCUUUUGUGUUUUUAUGCUGUGAACCGGCCUGAGAUCUGCCAGGUGAAGGGCGGUAUAGAAAUGUAAUAAACAGAAGCAGAAUGUAGGUGGGUGGGAGGGUUACUAAGGCUAACCAACGAAAAUAACAGAUGGAUAAUAAGAAUAAUACAUAAACGAUGACAUGAUCGAUGGGGGGUUAUUAUUGGGUUAUUUUAUUUUAAUUUUAUAUAUUCUGAUCUUUUUUGUGAACCGCCCUGAGACCUCCGGGUAUAGGGCAGUAUAUAAAUUCAAUUAAUAAUAAUUUUGGUCUUUGCUUUUGCAGGAUGACUUUGCUCACAACCGGGAGUUCAUCACAAUGGUGGUAUACAAAACAGAUGGGAAAAAAGUUUACUAUCCUGGUAGGUGUGUUAAUAAUCCUCCUUUUCCAGCUCCACCCUACAACCUAUGAAUACAAAGCUUCCAAAAUAAUAUUAAAAGAUUUCCUUUGUCAAGGAGGACAUAUGAUUGAGAAGCUCAUUGCUGAAGCAGAGUGUAUGUAACCCUUUCUCAGACGUUUAUUGACCGAAUUCUGUGGGUGUCUAAUUUGACAGCCUGAGAAGGGUCCGGCGACUCUGCAACUGACCACUAAAUUAGGUCUUGUUGAUGUCCAGCUGUGCCUCUUCUUGUUUCUGACAUCUGUUACUUUGCCAUCAGCAUCCUCUAGAAAUGCUAAAUUCUACCUCAAGAAUCUCCAUCUUCUCCAAGGGUGGGGAACCUGAGGCCCUCCAGAUGGGAGGGCUGCGGGUGGCGCUGUGGGUUAAACCACAGAGCUUAGGACUUGCCGAUCAGAAGGUCAGCAGUUCGAAUCCCCACAAUGGGUGAGCUCCCGUUGCUCGGUCCCUGCUCCUGCCCACCUAGCAGUUCGAAAGCACGUCAAAGUGCAAGUAGAUAAAUAGGUACCACUCCGGCGGGAAGGUAAACGGCGUUUCCGUGCGCUGCUCUGGUUCGCCAGAAGCGGUUUAGUCAUGGUGGCCACAUGACCCGGAAGCUGUACGCCGGCUCCCUCGGCCAGUAAAGCGAGAUGAGCGCCGCAACCCCAGAGUCGGCCACGACUGGACCUAAUGGUCAGGGGUCCCUUUACCUUUACCUUCUUCUCCAAGGAUGGAGAACCUGAGGCCCUCCAGAUCUUUUAUUUUUACUACAUCUUACGUCCCCUCAUGAUGACCGAAGAUGAUGGGAGUCCAUUCAGCCCAGACACUGAGGUCCAGCUCCGAGGGCCUUCUGGCAGUUCCCUCCCUUGCAAGAAGUGAGGUUGCAGGGAACCAGGCAGAGGGCCUUCUUAGUAGUGGCGCCCGCCCUGUGGAAUGCCCUCCCAUCAGAUGUCAAGGAAAUAAACAACUAUCUAACUUUUAGAAGACAUCUGAAGGCAGCCAUGUUUAGGGAAUUUUUAUAUGUUUUAUGUUUUACCAUGUUUUUAUUAUUCUGUUGGGAGCCACCCAGAGUGGCUGGGGAAACUCAGCCAGAUGGGCGGGGUAUAUAAAGAUAUAUAUUUUAAAAAACAUCUAGAGAGCCAAAAGAUUCCUUUCCCUUUCAAAAAUGCAUAUAUCAAACCUAAAUCUAUAAACCUCUUUCUUUCUUUUUUAUGGGUGGCUUAUACAAUUUUUUAAUAAUAAUGAUGAUGAUGAUGUAUUCUUUUUCUAUACUGAAAGUUACAUUUGUUACUCAACAGUUAUAUUCCAAUUUAACAAAACUAGUGACUUCCCGCUUACCCAACAUCAAUGCUUAUAACCCAAAUUACAAUUGCAUUUUAAGGUUCCGUCUUACCAAUUUUCAUCCUCUCCAACAUGUUUCUUAAUCUAUUUCUCACACUUCAAACCCCGCUGUGGUCUCCGCAUAUGGGAAACAACUUUUGAAAUAGACUAGAAAGGUCUUCUUGAAAGGAUUCUAAAUUUGUGUCUCUUAUCAGUGCCGUCACUUUCGCCGUCUCAGCGUAUUCCAAGACCAGCCAUUUUUCCUUGGAGGGUUUCCUCUCCUUCCAUUUCUGUGCAUGGAGAAGCCUCGCCACUGUCAUCACGUGCAUAAAUCUUUCCUUUUCAGCCGACCCUCCUCCGUAUAUCGAUGGGAUUCGAAUCAACAGCCCCCACUAUCUCACCAAGAUCAAGCUGACUUCCCCGGGAACCCAUACAUUUACUCUGGUGGUUUCUCAGUACGAAAAGCAGAACACGAUUCACUACACGCUCAGGGUAUGUGUUUAUAGGCAGCCUUGCGAAAGAAGUAUUUUAAGACGCUGGUCAUCCCCACCAUCAGCUCUUUUCAGAGUCGGGCAGGGCAGCGGGAGUCGGCUCCGAGGCAAUUCUUUCUACAGGGGAGCAGGCAAGUGGUUAUUUUUAGCCCGGCUUACGGGGAUUAUAUGGUAGAGCUGUUUUUGUUUCAUUCAAAAUUGCGGGAAACGCGACAACGAUGUUAAACAGCUUUAACAAAAAGGCGUCUCAUUCCUUUUAAUAAUGGGGUCCUUUUAAUGAUGAUCAUUGGUGGAGGCACAGAGGAAAUCUCAUUGCUGUGAUGACAGCUGCCAAAUACAGUGGUACCUCAGGUUACAUACGCUUCAGGUCACAUACGCUUCAGGUUACAUACUCCGCUAACCCAGAAAUAGUGCUUCAGGUUAAGAACUUUGCUUCAGGUUGAGAACAGAAAUCGUGCUCCGGUGGCGCAGCAGCAGCAGGAGGCCCCAUUAGCUAAAGGGGUGCUUCAGGUUAAGAACAGUUUCAGGUUAAGUACAGACCUCCGGAACGAAUUAAGUACUUAACCCGAGGUACCACUGUACAGUCAUACCUUGGAAGUUGAAUGCCUUGCGGAUCAAAUGUUUUGGCUCCCAAAGGCCGCAAACCCGGAAGUGAGUGUUCCGGUUUGCGAACGUUCUUUGGAACCCAAACGUCCUCCACAGCUUCCGAACGUUUUGGAAGUCAAACAGACUUCCUGAACGGAUUCCAUUUGACUUCCAAGGUACAACUGUAUAGUCACCAUGUGAUAACUUUUACGUGUACAGUCACCAGCUUUCCUUAGAGCAGAUCAGAGUGACCAGGGGUGCCAACUAGGAAAAAAAGGGGGGGGGAUUCAGGUAUGCCCUGCCCCACAUAAUCACUCACAUGACACAGCAUACACACACCAUUUGAAUGGCAGCGCCCAUCAACUUUUUUGAGGGGAGGGGGGCCAGAUCACACACAUAUUUUAUGGGGAGAAGGCGAAGAGACCUUUGCCCCUAGGACAGCGGUUCUCAACCUGUGGGUCCCCAGAUAUUGUUGGACUACAAUUCCCAUCAUCCCUGAGCUCUGGCCUUGCUAGCUAGGGGUGAUGGGAGUUGUAGUUCAACAACAUCUGGGAACCCACAGGUUGAGAAAGGCUGCCCUAGGAGUUGGUUCCUAUGAGCGUGAGCACUGGGCUUCUGCCUAAAGCAAAACCCCAAGUGAAUUUGCAGAUUCUCUCUUGGGUGUGACAACAAAAGAAUUUUGAGAGAAGCCAAAAAUGUCAAACAAGAGAAUAUUCAGAUAUAUCGCAUCCCUAGAUUAUGUGUAGGGACGCGGGUGGCGCUGUGGGUAAAACCUCAGUGCCUAGGAUUUGCCGAUCGCAUGGUCGGCGGUUCGAAUCCCCACGGCGGGGUGAGCUCCCGUCGUUCGGUCCCAGCUCCUGCCCACCUAGCAGUUCGAAAGCACCCUUAAGUGCAAGUAGAUAAAUAGGGACCGCUUUAUAGCGGGAAGGUAAACGGCGUUUCCGUGUGCUGUGCUGGUGCCAGCUCACCAGAGCAGCUUCGUCACGCUGGCCACGUGACCCGGAAGUGUCUCCGGACAGCGCUGGCCCCCGGCCUCUUAAGUGAGAUGAGCACACAACCCUAGAGUCGGACACGACUGGCCCGUAUGGGCAGGGGUACCUUUACCUUUACCUUUACUAGAUUAUGUGUGAUCCUGGGGAAACUUGUGGCACAUUGUUGAGGGCCCUUAUCCCAGACGCAGUUCCUUCCUGGCCAAGUCGAGUUGUGAUGUGAUGACGAUUGAUCAAACGUAGCCGAUUCUUUUCUGGAUAUUCUCUCUCUUGAAUGUUCUGGGCCAGCCAGUUCAGCUUCUCGGGGAAACAGCAAGUCUUUCUUUUACCUCCGCCAGUCAACCCUGAAGCAAUAACAAAGAUGCUUUCUGCUCCUCGCAUAUUGGACAAGUUGUAUAAUUACAUUUCUCUUACAAGGGCUCACAUUAGGGCUGGGCGAUAUCUGGUUUUCAACAUCAAGAUAUAUCACCAGCUAAACAUCGUGAUAUAUCACGAUGUCUGAAAUAAGGAUGGAGCUAUGUAGAGGCAUUGGCUGGCUUCACAGUUGUUCCUGCAUCUUGAUUUUUGCCGGCGCCUGCUCUGGUGAUUCGCUGCCCCCUGCAAGAGGCGGGGGAGAGCUGAGCCAGCAAAGUUAACAGGAGCUGCAGGAAUCAAGAGAAGUAUUGGCUGGCUUCAUGGUUCCUCCCACAUUGUGAUUUUUGCAUAACACACACACCAUGAUUUGUGAUAUCUCGGCAGGUCAAAAAUUAUAAAACUGGUAUCACAAUAUGGGAUUCAAACCGGUUUUGAACGAUAUAUCACCCAGCCCUACUUCACACCUUGCAAAAAUCUGCAUUUACGUGUGUGGGUUUUUCUGUAAGAGAAAACAAACCAAUUAGGUUCUGCUAAGAACGUAAGGAGACAUUGCAGGAUCAUCCCAAUGGCUCAUCUUGUUCUCACACUGACCAACCAGAUUCCUGUGGGAAACCAGAACAGGAGCCCAAGAGCAUCUUGGCCUUGUGCGUUUCCCUAGCCGUUGUCCGCUGCUUCUUUUUAGUUUCACAGCGUGUGUAUCGUUCUGUGUGAAUCUUUUCCAUUUCUUUGUCAACUCAGGUGUAUUCAGUGUGCAAGUUUAACUUCUGCAAGAUCCCGACACCGUAUACCAUAUCCAAACGGGUAAGAAAGAAUUGCAAUCUCUAUGGUCAUCUGUUGGGUAGAUCGAAAUAAGAUAUAUCCUUGCUGGGUUUAACCCUUGGCUGUGUGACAGAAAAACCAAAAUUGUGCUAAACGCUCAUUGUAGUGAGCCUAUUUAGUGAUGUAUUUACUUACUGUAUUUUUUGCUCCAUAAGGCGCACCGGACCAUAAGGCACACCUAGUUUUUAGAGGGGGAAAUCAAGAAAAAAAAUAUUAUUCUCCCCCCCCCCCCGCCCCAAAGAGCAGUGGACAGGCUGUACUCAGCCUGUCCGCUUUUCCCAGAGCUGCUCAGGGCUGCUGGGGGAAGCCCAGGUCCCCCCCCCCCCCAGCCCCAAAGAGCUAAGAAGCCAAUACAGCGAGCAGGAUCCAUCCCGCUGGCUGUCUUGGCUUCCUCUUUAGCCGUGCGCAACCUCUCUGGCCGGGAGAGGCUGCGCACGGCUAUGGCAAUUCCCCCACCUCCCACAAAAGCCGUGCACCCUUUAAGGAGCGCGCAGAUCCUGUGGGCUUUUCUACGAGGAGGGAGAAGGGACUGACUGGCCACAUCAGUCCCUUCUCCCUCCUGGGAAGAGUCCCGCAAGAGCCGCGCGGAGCUUGUGUGCGGCUCUUGGGGGCUUUUCCUGCCUGCCUCCCCCUUGCAUUCGCCCCAUAAGACGCUCACACAUUUCCCCUUACUUUUUAGGAGGGAAAAAGUGCGUCUUAUGGAGCAAAAAAUAUGGCAAAUGCAGCUAUAACCAAACCAACUCAAAUGGCUCUAAGGCAUAAGGCUCCCCUCUUUUUGAAACAUAUUAAAUACGCUUCCAGCUGCCAAAAUCUAUUGAUCCUGGGCAGUCCCCAUCUUAAAAGAAUACAAGCAGUUGAAGGCUUGGCAAGAAAUGUGUGCCUAACAGGCACUUGACACUUGAGUCUAAAUCCUGCAACAAAGGAAGACUUUAGCAGGACCAUUUUCUCAUUUCCCAUAAAAGGACAUAGCAAUUAAGUCAAGGAGCCGAUGUAAAACCUUUGCCUUGUUCCAGUGUAAGCUUGAGCAACUUUGAGAUUGAAGUUCUAGGUAAAGCGUUGGACGUCAACCAGAAGGGAAGUUAAACUGGAACUAGGAUUAAUUAAUCAUUUGUUUUUGUUCUCAAUAGUAUGUGCUGCUUAAGAACCUCUUGAAUUUUCUUUCGCUUAGGUAAAUGGGCAGUGGAAAGGCCAAAGCGCUGGCGGGUGUGGGAAUUUCAGAGAGACCGCCAAGAACAAUCCUAUUUACCAGUUCCAGUUGGACAAGGCCGGCCCCCUCCUCAUUGAGCUACGAGGACCAAGGUUUGUGCAGGUUUGAAGGAGUGGAGCUGCAAAGUUAGUGCAGUGCAAUGCAAACGUUGUUUGUUGGCCAAACUCAGUCAUUUGUCCAGUGUUAUAAACUCCAUUUGUUUUUGUUCAUUUAUGGGGAAUCUAACCAGCAAUUGCUGCAAUUAAUAAAAUAAAUAGAUAGAUAGAUAGAUAGAUAGAUAGAUAGAUAGAUAGUACGGUAAUAAUAAUAAUACAUAUGUAUACCACCCUUCAUCCAAAGAUCUUAGGGUGGUUCACAGCAUAAAAAUACAGAAUAAAAUGAGAGUACAUAAUCAAAACAAAACAAUAACCCCCCCUCCCACACACACACAUUUGAAAGGACACACGUUUCAGAAAAUUCCUUCUUUUAAUUACUUGUUCUAAGAAUGCUGAGUUAUGUGCUUAGUUCCAAAUCCUAUACAGUGGUACCUCGGGUUACAUACGCUUCAGGUUACAGACUCCGCUAACCCAGAAAUAGUACCUCGGGUUAAGAACUUUGCUUCAGGAUGAGAACAGAAAUCGUGCUCUGGCGGCAUGGCAGCAGCAGGAGGCCCCAUUAGCUAAAGUGGUGCUUCAGGUUAAGAACAGUUUCAGGUUAAGAACGGACCUCCGGAACAAAUUAAGUACUUAACCCGAGGUACCACUGUAAUUUUGGUGUCCAUAAAUACCGUUGUCCAGUGCUUUUUUCCCCCCUAAAAAAAAUGUUUAGUGGUACUUUAAUUUUGACUCCAGAAAAUCACCCUUUUAUAUUUCAAAUCGGGGGAAAUAAAUACAGUAAAUGGACAAAACUACAAAGAUUCACAAAAUGUUUAGGGAUAUGCGUACCCCUGCGUCCCCCCCAGAAAAAAGCACUGCCCUUGCCAAGGAUCACUGUGUCUAAAAGGCAAUCACAACUUCCGAUUUGGUUUUUGCAGGCAAUACAGUGUUGGCUUUGAAGUGGUGACCGUCUCUGCAGUGGGAGAGCAAGGCUUUCAGAAGAAAAACAGUGGCGAUUACAGGUAACGCCUCGUCUGGCGACACAUCUUUCUGGAUUUGCAUCGUGCUAGAUCUCGUCCUAAGUUUGCCCCUUUUUUCUCUUUUUCUCCCUCCAAGAUGCGGGUUUUGCUACCUGGAACUCGAAUGUGUCCCUGCUGGCAUUUACAAUAUUAUCCCAAGCACUUUCCUCCCUCAGCAGGAAGGACCUUUCUUUUUGGACUUUAAUAGCGUUACCCCUCUUAAGACAUCGCAGCUGCAAUGA